AUGAGCUCAAAUUAUUUAAAGGAUACCAAGAGUUUACCUCUUCGGUUUGAACAUUUUUCGCCUAGUACUUCAAAGUAUGAACUGACGAAGGAGAAUAGAGGACCGGAUAUUAAAGCUAAUAAAAUACAACCAGUCGCAGAAUAUGAUGCAAAUAAGAUAAGUAAGACUGUCAAGUUUAUUAACCAGACGAACAAUGAAAAUGUUGAUAUUCCAUGGCCCAAGGUUAAAGUUGAUGAAGAUUUUGAACCAUCGUCAAAGAUUAGUGAGUUGGGACGCAUCUUCAUUCAUUAUCUCAACGAAAUUGGUAUAAUUAAAGCUGACUUGCAAACUCCUUCAAUGUGUGAAAAAACAGCACACAGAGGAAAGCAGUAUACUUGCUGUUUAAAGUUCCAGAUUAAUUAUGGAUUUCAACGAUUUCAAGUUCUUUUGACUUUAAAAUACGGGAUUGCAAACAAGAAGGUAUUUCUUAACAAUUCGAUUUCAAAUGAUGAGUUGGUAGAUUACUUAAAGAAUUUGAUUGUAUUUAAAAAAAGCGACACACACCAGGAAUUGAAGUUCAACAACCUUAAAUUGUUAAGUGUGAGUUGUAAUAUCAAUGGCCUCGAGUUAGAAAUUUAA